AGUGAUUUUACGAAAAAUUACUGUGCUUUUUCGGUAAUUACCAUGUAUCAGGUAACACUAUAUUAAACGAGUUUGACUAAAGUUUACUAAAAUACAAUACGUUCGUCACAUAAAAUAAAAAAAAAGUGCGUCCAAUCCAAGCAACUAGCAAAUUAGUUUAGCAAAUCGUCCAUUUAAUAAUUGAGUCCCGUUGAAAUGUAUUAAAGAAUAUUCUUAAGAAUAUAUACAUUUCAGACUCAUUAUAAAUUCACUACUUGUGUACAUAUUAUGACUACAACAGCAUCAUAUUCUCCAGAACCUACAUUGAGUCGUCGCUGUUCAACAGAGACCAUCUUCAACUCAAAAGCAAGGAUAAUUGACCCUUCAUGGAGUCGCCGCUGUUCAACAGAGACUAUCUUCAGCAUCCAGGGAAGGGAAACUGAUUUUGUGCGCGACACGAGUGACACAGAGUGGGGCAGCGACGAGCAGGGAGUGGAGUUCGAGCCCGUCACCGACACUGACGAGCCGCUCGCCGGAGACAGCUCCGAGCUAAGCGAGAACGAGAUAAUAACGACGAAGGUGGUGGAGGUGGUGGUGGGCGACGACGGCGAGCUGCAGCUGGCGGACUCGGAGUGCACGGACAGCAGCAGCGACAGCGAGCUCGACCUGCACGACUACUGGAGCUGCGCGCACUGCCGCGCGCCCAACAACAACCCGCUCUACCGAUACUGCCAGAAGUGCUUCAAUGUACGGAAAAACUUUUUCCCGCCGAGACCGAGGCCCAAACGCAAGCACAAGCGCAAAGCGAGCGCCGAGCCCGCCUGCCCGCGCACGCUGUCGCAGGACUCCGGCGUCGACUCGCUGGGCGGCAGCCAGGGCUCGGCCGACCUCGGGCGCCGCGCCGGCUCCGAGGAGCGGCCCGCCAAGCGCGCCCGGCGCGACUCCGGCGCCGGCCGGCCGGCCGACGAGCCGGUGGCGCCGGCGCGGCGCUCGGCCAGCGAGCCGGGCGACGCGUGCGUGGUGUGCGUGUCGCAGCCCAAGACGGGCGUGUUCGCGCACGGCCGCAUCGCGCACAUCUGCUGCUGCUACACCUGCGCCGUCAAGAUCUGGAAGCGCGCCGGCCGCUGCCCCGUGUGCAACUGCCGCGUCAGCAACGUGCUGCGCGCCGUCGUCAUGUGAGCGCGCGUGAGUACCGCCGCCCGGGCCGCUCGAACACCUCCCGGCCGUCUCCGGACGUUGCAAGUAACGUUUAUAGGGCUGAGCCGACUCGGAGCUUAGAAUGUACAAAAUAUAAGUCUUUGCAAACUGCGUAGCGACGACGUGGCGCUGCGUGCGGGGCUCCGCGAGAUUGUUUUUGUCCGAGGGUCGACCGUUGCGGCGCUCGGGACACCGAUACGCACGCGUAAACAAAUACACGACGAAUUGUUUCGGAAGUAGUACCGGUCGCGACAGGAAUCUCAUAAGAUAAUUUCAGUUUGCAUUCAGUCUUAUUUACGUUAUUUUUUAAUUUAUUCAUGAUACGAUAAAUGAAUACACGCUAUCAGAAUAACGGUAGAGUAAUCGGUUAUUAAUAAUAAAUAUUAUGAGAAGCGAAUUGAGGUAAACGUUAGAUUUUCGAAUUCGUAUCCGUUCAUUAGUGCUCAAUCUAUUCAGGCGUACCAUCUAAGCCUAUGCCUAACCGCAGACUACCUAUCAAUAUGUUGGCCCUCUCGGGGUACUAAAUUCACUUUUUUUAUAAACAAAAAAAAAACAAAAAUGGUCAAAAAAAUUUUUAAUAUUCAAUUUCAUACUUUGACUAACAAACAUUUAAUAUUAUAAUUAUAGAGAUCACUGCUGAACUUCAAUUUUUUAUAUUUUAUUAUGCCGAAGCAACAGACCGUAAAUAUUUGUUUUCUCUGAAACGACGUGAUUCAACAACCUGAAUCUUAUGUUAAAAAAAUAUCUUAAUAUCAUUAUAUAAAACAAAUAUAAAGAAAAUCAUAAUAAUUACAUUUUAAACUUUUUUUGUUGUUAGAGAGUCAUAAAGGAAUUAUUAUUGAAAUAAUGAAAUGAAAAUGACCGGUAACAAACUUGAAAAUCUAAUAUUUUAUUCAGACUUCGCCUCACGUCAUACAUUAUCAAAUAAACACUCUAUUAACUCGGUUAUUCAACUUUACAUAGAAAAUGAGAAAGAGAAUAUAAAAUAGCUUAGUUAGUAAAAUCAGUAGAAUAAAAUGAUUUCUUUGUGAUAAAUUCGUAUAAAUCUAUUUGUUAGUAAUUGGUCAGAUAAAAGAGAGUAAUAUAUUUUGUUUAAAUAAAGUAAUUUUAGGUUCUUAGAACAUUAACCGCGAACAAAACGAAAUAGUUUUAUUAUAAGAGACAGUUUAUAAACAGAUAGCAGUAAUUGUGUCUCUGACUUCAUGUUACACGUUCCUUGAUUAGGUUUGAUGAUCCAGUCACAGGUACUCACACUCACUCGGUAAGGGGAUGAUUUGUUUUUACAUUUAUUCAACCAACAUCAAAUCAAAUUAAACAAAAAUAUAAGGUAGAGUUAGACCUAUUAGAAAGAUGUCAAAUUAUAUAAAAAUACAUAAAAAAUGAAUGCCUUAUAAACUAGAGCUAAGAAUUAACAAUAACAUUUUGCAAGAUUCGUAUAUUAUUAGCAAUGAAAGUCUGAAUAGAUGCUGAACCCUUAUUAGUCAGAUAUUGUUUCAUCUGCUGCAAUCGACCAAUGACUAUUGAGAUCAGAGGGAAAUUAGGUAAUCUGAUCAUAAUCAGCGUUCCAGUAUCUGAAGUUCAAUCUUGAUAUCAGGUAUGCAAUAAGUACUUGAUAAUAUUUGUGUGUACACUGUUUUCCAAUGGCAGGAGACGUAAUAAACAGACCUUUGAAUUAUAUAUACUAUAAGAUUUGCUAUUAGUUUUCUUAUAUUGAUAUUGUGCAGUACAGACAGCUCUUAAUUAAUAUGUUUAUAUUCUUAAUAUAGUACUAUUCCACUUAACUACAGGCACAAGGGACAUAACAACUUUCCCAAGGAUGAUAGUUUAAGAUACUAUGAGGAAGCAUUGCCGAAGUUAGGAAUACUAUCUGGUUGUCUAUUUGCCUGUCUGUAUACCUAUAUUAUUAAAAAAUACUACUUAUAUAAAUAGUUCCAAAGUUCUGAUAACAUCAUCACAUCACCAUUUUUUUUUACAAAUCCAAAGUUAAUACCAUAAAUUAUUUUUAAAAUCGAUCAAUUCAUCGUUUACAGUCAAGGUUUGUUUAUUUAUCUCGACUCCUGCCGUUGGCACCGGCGACAGGGUUUGACAUAAUACAGUCAUUGGCUAAACUAUUUAUAACGACGAAUCCGCAAAAUUAGAGCGUCUCGUAUAUUGCGCCCAAGAUUGCAUCAACUAUUAAGCGCACUGACUUCUUCAACGACGAGGUAUUCCACCUAUGUAGAUAAAAAGAUAAUAUUGUUGGAAUAAAACGGCUUAUUAUUAUUAUUAUAUAAUUAGCGUAUCACACAUUCGUAAAACAUAGAGUAGAGAGAAGAGAGGAGAGAGAAUCAUACAACCACAGAGUAGUAAUAUUUUCAUUUUAAUGUGACAUUUUAAAAUUACCUAUUUCAUAAUCGGCUAUACCGGUUAAUUUUUUUUUUCUGAUUCAUCUAUAUGGUACGGUUAACUAUGUUGUGCUGAAUUAACGUCUAAUUUCAAAAUCGGCGUUACCGGCAAGUUUCGAGGACUCGCCUUCAGUAGGAAGUGCCAUUAUAGCACAAGUAUUUAGUAUAUUUUUUAUUUAAUAAUACAAACAGUAAUGAGUAAUAGUUCGUGUAUUGAAUUUGUUUAUAAAUAACUUGAGAAUAUUUAAUUACUUAGUUUUUUAAAUGUAAAUAUUAUAAAUGGUUUUUAUUAUAAGUUAAUAAUUUUUGGGCAAUAUUAGUAAGGACACGUUAAAUAAAAUUAUUCGUAACAAAUUUUGUUUUAGCAUUUGAAUUCGACGUCUUUGGUAACGGUAACAGGCUUUAUGGGGGCUAUCGUAACCACCGAGGUUUCCUCUUGGCUUCGCCAUUGUUUGUGUCGGUAAUUGUAACUAAUCCCACCAUGAAUAAGAUUAAUUGAAGUCUAUUAUCAUAUUAUAUUAGGUUAACGUUUAUAGCACAUAUUGUAAAAUUUUAUAUUUUACGUAAAAAAAAAAAUGCAAUCGAAAAAAAGUAAUUCGAUUAAAAAACAAAUUCAUCAAUAAUAAAAGAAUUUUCUUUCAGGAAUAAA